CCCUGAUUCGAUCGAGGUCAACCCCAUCGUGUGCCAUCUCUGCUAUAUUUUCCCUUCUUCUGCACAAGCACCAUCGGCCAACGCGCCGCCGUGCGCCCUCGCUUUUCAGUCACUACUUGGAUUGAUCUCGACCACAAGACGGGGACGCGACCACGAGAAUUUGAGCAUUUGUUUUGGAACAAUCAGGGCACACCUCUGCCUCAUUAUACAGUUCAAUCAACGGGUUACGCAUAACCCGUUUCAGCUCCUCUCUCGCGGCGCAGUUCCCUCUCUCUAUUGAAUAGUCUCUGUCGCAACCUCCACAUCCAUAAGUUACCUCGGCACUGAGCUCAGGCCGUUGCGGCUUCUCUCUACUUGAACAUGUCUUCCUUCAAGAACGCCAUUCCCAGACGGGCUCACAAAGAGCGUGCUCAGCCGUCCUCGAGGAAAAAAUUUGGCCUUCUUGAAAAGCACAAAGACUAUGUCGUACGUGCAAAAGCAUUCCAUAAAAAGGAGGAGGCUAUACGGAAACUUAAAGAGAAAGCAGCAUUCAGAAACCCGGAUGAGUUUUAUUUCAAAAUGAUCAGAUCAAAAGUGGUUGAUGGAGUUCAUAGACCUGAGAGUGAAGCAAAUAAAUAUACACCUGAAGAGCUUAUGUUGAUGAAAACCCAAGAUAUAGGAUAUGUUCUUCAAAAAGUUCAGAGUGAGAGAAAGAAAGUUGAAAAGCUAACUGCUUCAUUGCACUUUGUUGAUCACCAGCAGUCUGGCCAUAUUUACUUUGCUGAGGACAGGCGGGAAGCUAAAGAAAUUAAGUCACAAAUUAAGGGAAGGAAGAAUUUGAAUCAAGAUGUUCCUGAUGAGAUUAAGAGGCGAACGGCUGCCUCUUAUAGAGAGUUGGAAGAGAGGAAGAAUAGGUUGAGUCAACUGGAGAGAAUAUACAAUGAUAUGGUAAUGCAGAAGGAGCUACAGAAAAAGGGUCGAAAACGGAAACUACGGGAAGAUGAAGUUGUCUGUCCAACAUCAAGACCAGUGUACAAGUGGCGAUCUGAGAGAAAACGAUAGUAAUUCUUAAUGCUCUGACCUGCAUUUU